AUGGGUAAGAUUUGGUUUGUGGUGGAUCUGGUUGAACGCUCGGAUCGAGAGCUGGGUCUUGGAACCAGAAUAGACACGGUUCGGGACCCCCUGGACGCUCUGGAGGACCCUGACCCCUCGUCAGACGAGGAGGACGCAGAGGAUGAGGCCUCUGAUGAAGACGACGAGGCUUCUGAUGAAGAGAAUGAAGCAGACUCUGGCUACGGCAGUCUCUCAGAGGAGGACGUCAGUGAAGAGGAAGACGAGGACACGGAGGGUGAAGAGGAAGACGAGGACACGGAGGGUGAAGAGGAAGACUGGGACACAGAGGGUGAAGAGGAAGACUGGGACACAGAGGGUGAAGAGGAAGACGAGGACACGGAGGGUGAAGAGGAAGACGAGGACACAGAGGGUGAAGAGGAAGACGAGGACACGGAGGGUGAAGAGGAAGACUGGGACACAGAGGGUGAAGAGGAAGACGAGGACACAGAGGGUGAAGAGGAAGACGAGGACACGGAGGGUGAAGAGGAAGAAGAGGACCCGGAGAGUGAAGAGGAAGACCAGGUUGGAGUCCGCUGCAUCAUCAUGUCCCGAGCCGCUGCUCCUUCACGUCAAGAAGAACCAUUUGAGAUGCAGUGGGGCCUCCUCAGCACCACAGAGAGCCACACCUCCUGCUCCUGA